UUCUGUUUACACUUUGUGGAGUGCAGAAAGUUCCGUGGGAAAAUCUGAUUUUCUCUUGCAAAAUGAGGAGAUUCACGAGUAAUUUCUUGAGAUACCAUCUCACGCGAGGUCACUUGUUGUCUCCCAUGACUGGGAGUUCCCGGACAGGCCACACGAGAGCCGCGCAGCGAAUUCUUCCCGCCGGCCCGGGAUUGAAGGAGUUCCUCGUGGCGGGAAAGAAUUUCCCUGCGCCGAACAAGUCAGCAAUAGCUGAGGAUGUACCCUAUUUAUCGGCACUGGACAUCUCUGGGCAGAACAGGAAGGUAUUCUUCGAGGUGUACGGAUGCCAGAUGAAUGUGUCAGACACUGAAGUCGUGUGGUCGAUCUUGAAGGGACACGAUUACCAGAAGGUGGAGGAUUUCAGGGAGGCUGAUGUCGUCUUGCUGAUCACUUGUGCCAUCCGAGAAGGAGCUGAGACGAAGAUCUGGAAUCGACUUCAGCAAUUAUCGCUGUACAAGAGCAAACGCAAGUCGGUACUUCAGAUUGGAAUCCUGGGAUGCAUGGCUGAGCGACUGAAGACGCAAGUGCUGGAGAAGGAGAGAUUGGUGGACGUUGUGGCGGGUCCGGACAGUUACAAGGACCUGCCGCGAUUGCUGGCCGUGACGCGAGAUGGGCAGCAAAGUGCUGUGAAUGUUCUCCUGUCGCUGGACGAAACCUAUGCGGAUGUCACGCCAAUCAGGCUGAAUUCAUCUUCAGUCACUGCUUUUGUGUCUAUAAUGCGCGGCUGUGAUAACAUGUGCUCCUACUGCAUUGUCCCAUUCACUCGCGGACGCGAGAGAUCUCGCCCGAUGGCGUCAAUUGAGGAGGAAGUGAAGCUUCUGGAGAGUCAGGGUGUCAGGGAAAUCACUCUGCUGGGACAGAAUGUCAAUAGCUACAGAGAUUUGAGCAUGACGAGCAGUGAUAAGAGUCCCACGACUCUGGCACCGGGCUUCAAGACAGUGUACAAGCCCAAACUGGGCGGCGCCAGAUUCGAAGAGUUGCUGGAGAGGAUCGCCGAGGCUGUUCCUGAGGUCAGAAUUCGCUUCACAUCUCCUCAUCCCAAGGAUUUUCCUGAGGAAGUUCUGCGAAUCAUACAGAAGCACCCCAACAUCUGCAACAAUCUCCACUUGCCCGCACAAUCCGGAAGUUCUGCAGUGCUGGAGAGGAUGCGUCGAGGCUACACGAGAGAGGCUUAUCUGGAGCUCAUCGACAGGGUGAGGAGUCUUCUGCCCGGAGUCGCACUCUCCAGUGACUUCAUCCUGGGAUUCUGUGGCGAAACUGAGGAGGAUUUCGCGGAAACACUGUCGCUGAUAGAAGCUGUGCAGUACAACGUGGCCUACAUCUUUCCCUACAGCAUGCGAGAGAAAACCACUGCCCAUCGUCGCUUCCAGGACGACAUCCCUGACGAGGUGAAGCGCGAGCGCAUGGCCAGGACGGUUGAGGUGUUCCGGAAGAGCGCCACUGAAGCCAACAGACGAAUGAUUGGCCAAGAGCAGGUGAUUCUGAUUGAGGGCGACAGCAAGCGCUCCCAGGAGGACUUCUAUGGGCGCAAUGAUGGCAAUAUCAAAGUGAUAAUCCCCAAAGGCAGUCUGGACUCGCGACCAAUCGCUGUCGGUGACUACAUCGCUGUGAAGAUUCAUUCAGCCAACUCGCAAGUGCUCAAAGGCACCCCUUUGAGGCGCACUUCAUUGAAUAGGAGCAACUAGAG